AUGGCUAAAUCUAAGGUUAAGGUUGGUAUUAAAUUUAAGAGUUAGGUUUGGCUUCGGAAUGGGGCUAGGAAGAGGUUUAAGAUUAGGGUCAAGCAUACCUGCCGCAUAUCACAUGACCGAAUCCGGGCCUCUUUAACCAAUGACCCUAGCGUACCUGUUUUCCGCCCACUUACAUACCCCAAAUUCGCAUCUUUCCAACUGAGUGUUCUGUUCCGGCACUAUGUUAGAGUAAUCAAACAAACAAAUAGCAGAAAUGCGAGUUCGCUCAGUACCGUUUGCAGAUUCCGCUUAUUGGCUUGUCCGCCUGUCCUACUGAUAAAACCAGUAUGAACAUCCCUCCCGUAUUUUAGGAGUCUCUGUGUCCUACUUUUGAAGUGGACUUACGUAUUCACUCUUUGCCGAAAGGUGUCCUGAGGUCUUAAGUAGGGUAUGGGUUUGAAUCAUGACGUCAUGAUUAAGACCCGACGGGGUAGGUAGUCUCCUAGAGGGAGUUAAUGUUGGGAGCGCUAAAAUUGUAUAUUUACAUCGGGUGAUCUGUCGAACGGGCGAGAUAGACAAAAUAAGCACGGUUGUCUUCGCUGAGGCUUCUAUUUGUUUUCCCCUCCCCCACAUACAAAAUGGAAACCCUCUGAAGCUCUUGGCAGGACACGUAUAUUACAAAUCCCACCAAUACCUGCUGCAUUUUGAUUUGAUCGGACUCAGCGGGUAGGCCAUUGGCUACUGCUUAUAGGGUGUAGUCCAGAAACUGGGAUACUUAGAGAAUAAACUCCACGGAUGAAGAAGUCUGCCUUCAUCUAGCUGCAUUGUCUUACGUGCUGUCGUAAUGCACACACACGGGGUUAUGUGGGCUUCUGAGACAGGGGGAGGGACGGCGCCGGAGUGCCCUGCAGGUUUUCUAUACACAGGCGUCAGCACAUACGCGGUCGUCUCUGCGUAUCACAAACACGACGUAAAAUAUUCAAGAUGAGCUUUUCCAAGCCCAACACCUCGUCUCAGCACACUCCUCAGUGCGCCUACAUACGGGCACCGCGUGUAUUAGGAUAGCUUACGUCACUCAUCCUAUUGGCACACAUUGAUCACCGCCUACACACUGUCAUCCAAUAAGGGCUGUCAGCUCUGUUUCUCCGUGAUCUGGUUAGGGAACGCGGCAGUGUCUUGGAUUAACAGCUUCUAUAUCCAUCAACCGUAUUGUGGACAUUUGAUCAGCCCUACUCCAAGGAGUAACAGAACUCUGCACACCAGUUAGCUAGGAUCGUUUCAUCUCUGUACAGUGGUUCGUUGGCUUCCUACCUUGAGGAAGCGGACUAACUCCGACUGCGUCGCUAAAAGCAUAUCAAGACCUUACAGAGAUGGGAACACCGAACACUAAAAUUGCUGAUUAUCAAAACAGCCGGGUGGACGUUCCCUACCCCACGGAUCCACAGAAACCCUUCCUGCCUCUCAACAGCGGUUACAAAAUGCCUCUAGUCGCUUUUGGCACCAUUAUGGUUGGCAUUCCUUCUUCUUAUUCAACUUCAGGCAACGCCGCAUGAAGUGGGAGAACCUGUUCAAUGGGCGAUUGAGGCAGGCUAUCGGCACAUCGACUGCGCACACGCCUAUGGAAAUGAAGCUAGCGUGGGAUACGCCCUCAAGACGAAGUUUGAUGAUGGAACCGUCAGACGCGAGGACAUGUUCAUCACAUCAAAGGUAGCUUGCAAUUGUACCUUCACCUCCGAUGGUAGUUAUGGUGCGAUUCGCAUCGACAGGAGGAGGUGCGUCCAGCCUGCGAGGAGAGCUUGCGCAGGCUGAAAAUAGAGUAUCUGGAUCUGUAUCUCGUUCAAUUACCUGUGUCUUUCAAGGUAAAGGAGGGACAGGAGUUCUCAGCAGUCGACCCGAGUGUGCUUGAUUUUGAGGACGUACCGCUGGAGGAAACAUGGAGGGUAAGUUAACCUACGGUCGGGCACAAUCCCCAUGUAUGUGUAAAUUUCAUGUAAAAUCCCUGCAUUUUCGAAGCGCCGGUUGACGUCAGUACGGUUUAAAUGUGGACUGCUGAAUCCAGAGAGAAAUGACAGAUCGCUUAUAUAGAACGCCGAUCUACUUAAGUGGAUCAACUUAUUCGACGUCCGCCUUAGGACGCCUCUGUUAAGGUUCUAGGCUUGUCGGCAUGUUAGUUAUAAACCUUAGUCUUGAUUGUUUUUUCAUGGUUAAUUUUGUCUUUCUGUUAACCGUUCUGUCGUCCGCAACUCUUCUUGAUCAGGGCAUGGAAGAGUUGGUUAAGGCCGGCCUCGUUAGGUCGAUCGGCGUCUCCAACUUCAAUAUGGUCCAGCUUAAUCGAAUUCUGACCAACUGCAAAAUACCUCCAGCGGUGAAUCAGAUUGAAGUCUGCGUGCAUUGGCUGAACCAAAAACUGAUUGACUAUUGUCACUCGAAAAGCAUUCAGGUCACGGCCUUCGCAAUCUUCGGCUCGCCGGGCAUUAUGAAGUAAGUUACUUUGAACUACUCCACCGCUAAAACACAAUAGUAUAUUGCAAAGCACGUGCACAACAUUUGCUUAAAAAUAUUUGAUAAGCUUCUUUUGAUAUCUUGCACUGUUGGUGUUGAACAGACAUAUCGCAUCUCCGUUGGACGAAGAACAGGUUAAGCGAAUUGCCCUUGCCCAUGGGAAGACGCCGGGCCAGAUUCUCCUUCGACAUGCCAUACAACGCGGACUUUCGGUCAUUGUAGACAGCUCGAAAGAAGAGAGGAUUAAAGCGGACCUCAAUGUGAGCAAUGAAUGUUUACUUUUUUUGCGAUUUUGUAAAAACGUCAUAUUAUGGUCUUUUAGCAUGUUACAUUACUUCAAUAGUAGUUAAAAUGCGAUUCCCAGGUGGCAUAUCAUAGGAAGAAGAGACGUUCACCGGAAGGGGUUUAUUGGGGGUCCGACAUUUCGAGUAGUUGAUUUGUCUACCCACCUUCAGAGACUGGAAAAGUCUGCUCGUAAAUUCGCGUUUGCAGCCGUCGGCCGGUUACCCCAACGUAGUUGCACCUUCUGCAGUAGCAGUGAAUUUGGUAGACGACGGCCGACAUCUACUUGGGGAUCGGAUCGUUUGACCGCAUCACUUGCCGGAGGAUAUUUAAGCCAGGCCUGUGGGCGAAACCUAUUCUAAGUGUCGCGAGGGAUCUAGCCACGCCGUCGGAGACCCCUUUAAUGUACGGAAUGCUCCCCCACGAGUUUGACUGACUAUGAUCUUCAUUUCGUUUCUUUGGCUGCAUUCGGCUCCGUUCAAUGAAUACCCGCGGAUGAUCGUUGGCUCUUAAGACUUCUUGGAGCAGUUUCAUCUCGUCCAGUUUGGCGGCUCGCGUGCUGCAAUGAGUUUCCACCUUUGCGAAUUUUUGACCCAAAGUCGGAGGUAGCAACUCAUGCCGCGCAAAUGGGACCCAUCUUCAACUUUGACGCCGUUGAGAUUGUAGGCGGGGGCGGUGAUCAUACAGCAAGGCAAGUGCAAGAAGCCUGGAUGUCCAUCGACUAUUCUGUAAACCGCCACUUCAAUUUGCCCCAACCCCCCCCCCCCCCAUCUGACUUUACAAACCUCCUUAACGGGGGACAGUCACGGCGCGGGACAAUCGGGGCCGGCAGUCAUCUCCGCGGCCGACGGCGACGAUUCAGGUUUGGAUGCAGCCGCACAGUCUGUAUUGGCGGGUCACGCAUUGAACAAAGUGCGCCAUAUACGAAAAUCGGUGUGAAUGACUUCUCAUUGUCUGAAGGUGGGUAGACGAAUCAACUACUCUAAACGUCGGGCGUCCAAUAAACCCCUUCCGGCGAACGCCUCUUCAUCUUUUAAUGUUACAUUACGCCUGGAAGAUCAUCCUGCCUCCAGCAGUACAUUGUAAAGAUUCAUCGACAGUACGCCACGGAUUCUUUAUUAGGUUAGCAUUUUCGGGUUGAGCAGGCGAAAUUUGAGUCCCCGUAUUGCCCUAAACUCCAAGAGGGGUUUAGAGUUAGGCCUAGGAGGCGUUAAGGUUAAUGUAAGGGCACGCGAAAAGGUGCCCCCGGGAAUUUAGUGCGAGGCCACCUGUGGCAUCUGUGGUCCAUGGUCCCAUUUCCGGAUGAUUUUAUUCGAGUACGCCUCCCGGCAAAGCACACUACCACCUUCAUUCAUAAUAAGCAUAUUUGAUUAGAAUGUUUGGCAUGCCAGAAGUCUGUGGCCCGUUGCACCCAUGACUUUGGCUAUUCAAACUCUCGGCGAGGUUUGGUUCUGCAGCCCCACUUGAUUGUUACCAGGCGGUUAGCUUACUAAAACAAUCUUAUCAGUUGUGACUAGGCUAACUACAUAUAUCACGUGUUUGAGCCUUUCAUUAACAUUAUAAUCCAGCGAGUGACUGUACCUAAGGGGAGGGGAGUGCUUAUACGCCAACCUGGGCUGCGUCAAGUAUAGUUCACCCGCGCUUGCCUGCGCGUGAUUCGAGCUUUGCUGGCGCCCACUAUAUUAUCUCAAUCCAAAGACUGGCUAAGCAGGCCUUUUAAUGUCACUGCUUGGACGGUGUCAAACUCCUGAAGAAGGAGACAUGAUCGCUGGGACAAGAGCUUUAUUAGCCCGACGUUUCGGAUUCCUGCUCGAACCCAUCAUCAGGGACAAAAGCAGAUACGUGUUCGAGCAGGAAUCCGAAAAGUCAGGCGAAAAGUCCCAGCGAUCGUGUCUCCUCCUUUAAGACUGUUUCCUGGGCCUCGUCUCUUCGCUUCUCCGUCGGUUUCAUCAUAAUGGCAAUGCAGUAAGAAUUAACAUGCGGUUCCCUUCGUGGCCUUCCAGUUGUGAUUGCGCCCUGCUUGUCCUCUUAAUCCAGCGAGUGAGUAUGUAGCGGAGACUGUGCCCAGGCCACUUUCGGUUACACCAAACAUCGGUUCACAGGGGCUUCCCGGCGCGUGUUUCGAACUCUGCAUGUGCUCUCUUUCCCUUCUUAGUCUAGCGAGUGACUAAGUUAGGUAUAUUAUCUGAAACUGUUUUAGUUAGCUAACCAUAUGGUAUCAGUCAAAUGGGACUGCAGGACCAUUCCUCACCAAACGCUGUUGUACGUAUUUACAUAUAUAAACUGCUCCAAAAACUCUCAGCGGGUAGGGAGGGGAGAAACGGACAGAGGGUUGAAUAUCUCCUUGUCCGCCGUGUCUUCCAUUCACACGUUCGAUAUUGACAUGGAUUACGAGAGGCUGUGGGUCGACAUUAGUCACUAGUCAAUUUCCCCGUUGAUAUGCUGUCUAGACGCGCGACACGUAAGGGGCGCUUAGCCAGUCAUUGACUUUCCAUUUCAAUUAGCCUAACUUGUCCCAUUUUUUUCAAAAAAUCAUUCCAGCUUUUUGACUUUGCCCUGAAGAAAGAGGAGAUGGCAAUUCUUAAUACAAGCGGUCACAAUAUUCGUGUCUACACUGCGGCAAUGUAA